AUGGCAAGUAAUUACAGUCAAGAUGGGCAAAUUCCAAUUCCACCUCGCAGAACACGCUCGAGUACUUCGGAUAAAGUACCCUAUGUGGUUGAUGUGGUUGCCGAAAGAUGUAUUGUGCCGGCUAUGGAGAGAAUGUCACGAAGGGAGCUCAAUAUGGGAGAAAGUAUAUCACCUUUAGAUCGCCUAAGAAACAAUGUAGACAUGUCAGAAAAUGUUGCUAGAAUGGCAUCACAUCUCAAACAGUUGGAGAAAAAAAGGGAUGAAUUACAAAGACAAUGUACAGCCAUUGAAACCAUGAAUAGGCAGAGUGAAGUAAAUCGAUUAAUCGAUAAAAACAAAGAACUGAAACAAGACGUUUUUGUAUUAAAAAAUCUAACUUAUAGGUUGAAUAGAGAAUUGGAAAAAUGUCAAGAUAAACUGCUAUCAAAAGAUCAAUUUCCAGAAUCUGGGGGUUACAUGCGAGUACAAGAUCCCAAAAAUAUAAGCUGGCGCAGAGAAGAUAUUAAUGCAGUAUCACCAUUGUUAGAAGCAUACCAAACAUCGUUAGAAGAGAAAGAUGUUACUAUUGAAAGCUACAAAAAUGAACUUGCUCGAUUUUCUUCUAGAAGUAGAGAAAUUGCUGCUGAAAAUGAAAAUCUUUAUCAACAGCUUGAAGAAGCAAAUGAAAAAGUCGAAGUCACAUAUGGAGAAUGGAAAUCAGUGGAGUCCGAAGUAGCAAUGCUAAAAGAACAUAAUGAGUUAUUAGUCAGGCAAGCCAAAUUACAUCAAGCGAAGUUACAAGAUUUACUUCGUUCAUACCAGUCAAGAGGUAAAGUUUGUUUUUAG